AUGGAAAUAAAGAAAUGGAAGUGCAUUGGACCUGCAUGCUCUUCAACAUGUACAGGAUCCGAAUGUGUAGCUACUUGUAUUGGACUAUCCUGCCAAGCAUUUUGUCAAGGUGCGGAUUGUAUGAGAGAAGACAAACUGUGGGUACGAUAGUUUUAAACUAAAACCACGUCAAUAAAUAUUAUUUCAUAAUAAUUAUAUUUUUGUUUUACUCACAUAUUGCCACAAGUAAGUCAACAGCCAUAAGUAACCACUGCUGACCAAGC